CUUUCGACGCCCUUCCAGUGUACAUUUCUCUCCUCUUCAAGAGACAUCAACAAGUUUUAACCUAAGAAAACACUGCUGAACGUAUUUGCAAGACAAUGGCAUCGCUUGCUAGCUCCAGCACCAUUGUUAGACCAACCCCGUUUCUUGGCAAAAGGGGUUCAAAUGCUAACCCUCUUAGAGAUGUUGUCUCCAUGGGAAAUGGCAAAUACAUCAUGAGCAAUGAGUUGUGGUAUGGACCUGACAGGGUGAAGUACUUGGGACCAUUUUCAGCUCAGACUCCUUCAUACCUGACUGGAGAAUUCCCAGGUGACUAUGGAUGGGACACUGCUGGUUUAUCAGCUGAUCCUGAGGCCUUUGCUAAAAACAGGGCUCUUGAGGUGAUCCAUGGCAGAUGGGCUAUGCUUGGAGCACUAGGCUGCAUCACCCCAGAGGUCCUUGAGAAAUGGGUUAAAGUAGACUUCAAGGAACCAGUGUGGUUCAAAGCUGGAGCUCAAAUCUUCUCAGAAGGUGGCUUGGACUACUUGGGCAACCCCAACCUUGUCCAUGCCCAAAGCAUCCUUGCUGUCCUUGGAUUCCAAGUUGUCCUCAUGGGCCUUGUUGAGGGAUUCCGCAUCAAUGGUCUCCCCGGAGUAGGAGAGGGUAAUGACCUUUACCCUGGUGGCCAAUACUUCGACCCUCUCGGCCUGGCCGAUGAUCCAGCUACAUUCGCCGAGCUCAAGGUGAAGGAAAUCAAGAAUGGACGGCUAGCCAUGUUCUCCAUGUUUGGAUUCUUUGUUCAGGCUAUUGUUACUGGAAAAGGUCCCCUGGAGAAUCUCUUGGACCACCUGGACAACCCUGUUGCUAACAACGCUUGGGUCUACGCCACCAAGUUUGUGCCUGGGUCAUAAAUUAACAUUUAAUUUCUUGGAUUAGAAUGGAAAGACCUUGCCUGAAUUGUCAUGGUUCCUGUAUUUCUAGAUUAAAGACUUCGUAUCGUUGAGAUCCAAAGUAAAUUGUAUAACCUGUUUUAUUGUGUGAUCCAGUGUAAAUUGUUGUGACGA